AUGUCCAAGGCCGCAGCAGCGUCGCUCCCGCCGCCGCCGCCGGAGGUGGCGCACCUGGUGGAGCAGCUCCAGCGCCACCACCUCGCCCCGGACGCGUCCCUCCUCUCCAACUCCGCGCACUCCGACCUCCUCCAGGCGCGCGAGGAGGUCGCGGCGGAGCGCGCGCUCUACCUCGAGGCACUGGCGUUGUACGCGGAGGCGGUGGCCAUGGUGGAGGAGUACCACGCGGCUGGUGGCGCCGGCGCCGGCAAGAAGCUCAACUGCUCCCCGCAGGUGUACGAGUCUUUGGAGCACCGGUUGGCCGUGGCGGAGGCAGCGCAGAGGCUGAGGCUCCCACUGCUCUCUCAGGACGGGGAGGUCCAUGAGCAGGAGAUCAAAAAGCUGAGCACCUUUUCAAGGAGUUCAUUCGAUAGCACCCUCACAAGCGCGACACCCAGCUCAAGUUCAAUCUCAACGAGUUACAACAAUUAUAGCAGCACCGCCAGUGCGGUGACUGUUGCUGCUGCACAUGGAAGUGGUAGUUCAGAUGCGGUUGAACCUGUAGUUGGUGGUGUUCCUGACCGUUUUCUUGGGAUCACUUCUGAUUAUCUCUACCAAGUGCAACAAGAGCAGCCAGCCAUGUCUGUGGACAUGGUUGAUUAUCAGAGAACUUUGGCUAGGGAGAUUGAAGCCCGGUUAGAAGCCAAGUGUGAUGCUUUGGCUGAUCUAUUUGCUAUGGACGAGAGGGAUUCGUCAUCCAUCAGUCAAAUUUCAAGUGCUAGGCUUCCAGAAAGGGUAAAGUUAAUCAUCGAAGAGAUAGAAAAGGAAGAGGCACAUCUACUGGAGGACCUUGCUUCAAUGGACAGAAAAUUUGCUGAACAUUAUAAUGUCUUGGAGCAAAUUCUUGCUGUGCUUAUACAGUUUGUUAAAGACAAGAAAUUGGAGCAUCAGUACCAAUUUGAUGAUCUGAAGAAGACCUGGCUUAUCAAAAGGUGUCGGACAAUGAAUGCUAAACUAAGCUAUCUAGAGCAUCAUCUAUUGCGUGACACUUACACAAAGGACACAGUACCAGCACUGCACAGGAUCAGGAAGUAUCUUGUAGAGGCCACAAAAGAAGCAUCCAAUUCCUAUAAUGAAGCGGUUUCGCGGUUGCGUGAGUAUCAGGGUGUAGAUCCACAUUUCGACGUGAUUGCAAGGCAGUACCAUGAAAUUGUAAAGGUGCAAACGAUGGAUGUAUAUGAUAGAUAUCCAGCUCACUUGCUUUGUCAGAUCUAUAUCCAUCUCAGUUGCCAGUACAAUAGCGAUAACGAGGACAAAUAUAAAUAG